ACUGCCCCAUCCCUAUCUCAUUGCACCACUUGUGUGCAACUCUGUCCUUCCCUAGAGUGACCUGCAAGGCACCGGGGCUGUCCCCAGCCUUGUGGGGCAGGGAGAUGGGGAGCUGUCAGGAGAGGAUGCCUGAUGCCCCUCAUCCUCUCACCUCAGACGGGGACCUUCCGCAUUGUCUCAGAAGAGGAGCAGGCACUGCGCACCAAACUGGAGCGCCUCACCACCAAGGACCACGGCCCUGUUUUUGGGAGGUGCCAGCAGAUCCCCCCUCACACCCUGCAGAAGGCAAAAGAUGAGCUGAAUGAGACGGAGGAGCAGAGAGAAGCAGCAGUCAGAGCACUGCGGGAGCUGGUGCAGGAGCGGGCCGGCAGCGAGGAUGUCUGCAAGGCAGUGGCUGAGAAGGUGCAGGGGAAGGAUGAUUCCUUCUUCCUCCGCUUCAUCCGUGCCCGCAAGUUUGAUGUGCACAGGGCCUAUGACCUGCUGAAAGGCUAUGUGAACUUCCGCCAGCAAUACCCCGAACUCUUUGACAACCUGACCCCCGAGGCUGUGCGCAGCACCAUUGAGGCGGGCUACCCCGGCAUCCUGGCCAGCAGGGACAAAUAUGGGCGGGUAGUGAUGCUCUUCAACAUCGAGAACUGGGACUAUGAGGAGAUCACCUUCGAUGAGAUCCUUCGUGCCUACUGUGUUAUCUUGGAGAAACUGCUGGAAAAUGAAGAGACCCAGAUCAAUGGGUUCUGCAUCAUUGAGAACUUCAAGGGCUUCACCAUGCAGCAGGCAUCAGGGAUCAAACCCUCUGAGCUCAAGAAGAUGGUGGACAUGCUACAGGACUCCUUCCCAGCACGGUUCAAGGCUGUCCACUUCAUCCACCAGCCCUGGUACUUCACCACUACCUACAAUGUGGUCAAACCAUUCCUGAAGAGCAAACUGCUGGAGAGGGUGUUUGUGCACGGCGAGGAGCUGGAGUCCUUCUACCAGGAGAUCGAUGCUGACAUACUGCCAGCAGACUUUGGUGGCAACCUGCCCAAGUACGACGGCAAAGCAACUGCAGAGCAGCUCUUUGGGCCCCGCAUCGAAGCUGAAGACACGGCACUUUAAGUCAGGAUCUGCCCCCCUUCCCCUGUAAAAUAAGAUCAGAGGUGGUCCCCUAACCCCAACCACCACUAUACCGUAGCAAUGGAUGAGUGUCUGCUCUGGGUGUGUUGCUCCGUGUCUGUUCCUGUCCCUAAACCUGGCAGCAGGCUGCCUGGCAGCGGCUGGGAUGCAGUGAGCACGUCCCUUGCUCUGCUCCAGCCUUAGCCUUUACUUCUGUGGGGCAAUACAGCCAGAGAACACUGUCUCUACAGCCAGCUCUAUGCGCCCACAGUUGUUCACUGGGGAGCAACACAGCCAGAAGCUGCCAUGGCAGAAGCCCCUGCUAAGGGCUGGUUGAAACAUGUAUGCAAAGAAAUAAAGAAGAAUUUAACAACAGUUGUCUCAGACCUGGGUCAGUGGUUCUGUUAUAGUGCUACCAAGACCAAGCAGUGGCACAGGCAGAGCUG